AUGGACAAAGCAGCUGAACUCACGUGGCAGCUGGAGGAUUCACCUGGCAAAGCAGGGCAGCAAGAGCAAAGCCCUGAUGAUGGAGACAAAACAGAAGUGCCUGGACAGCCUGCACACAGCAAGGACAAGUCACCCCAGAGCCAUACCCUCCAGUGGGAGACUGUAAACAGACAGUUUAUAGAGUAUGAGCAGGUGGCUCCGUUUCUUGUCCCAGAGGAGCAACAGAGAAGGCUGCUGGACUUUCUUCCCCUCUUUUUAAAGGCCUGGGAGCAGUCUGCUGGUGUAAUCGUAUUCCCCAACAUCCAGCUGUUAGCCAGUGAGGUUUCCAAGCUUCUGGCAAAAGAAAUUAAGAGGAUCCUCAAUGGCAAACCUGCAGAGGAAGCUCGUCUAGCUUUGGAGCAAUUUUUGCAACAGAAAGGGGAAGCAGAAGAUGGCUGUUUGCUCCUGAAAUCAGUGUAUCUGCUCUCACAGACUGAUGUGAGAACUAUGUGGAACAUCAUUGGAUCUGGCCUUCCAGCUGCUCUGAUGCAGUGCCUGUACCUUUUCUUUACUUUUCCUCCAAAGAAAACCAGUGAUGAUGGAGAGACAAGUGAUGAUGACACUGAAACUCAGGAAAUGCUUGUUAAGAUAAUGCUUAACAUGUACAGAGAGGAACAAGGUGUAGAGGAACUUCUGGCAGCUGAUAAGCUUCAGUCAUUAAUUAUAGCAACUGCUUCUCUCUGGGACCAGUGUAGCCACUCGUGGAAAGUACCUACGGGCCGUGUGCUGAGAACAAUUUCAAAGGCUCAGACCAAAAACAGCAUUGUGUACCUGCAAGCUAUGGACUGCAUUAAAAUAGCUAUUCAGGGUCUUUUUAAACUGGCUGAUACUCUACCUGCUUGUGAUGUGUGUGAAGCUGCUAGUAUUGUCUUGUGCUUUGUGAAAGAUUCCUAUCUCGUAUCAUCAGCUUUAUUAACAGAGUUUGAAAAUAAUGAUGGCUACCAACUCCUGCUAAAAAUUUUACUCAGAUGUGAGGGGUUGCAGCAAAAUGAAGAAAACCGCUAUCUGGAUGAGAUCUUGGACAUACUGACUUGCCUUACAACCUGUGGAAAAACUGAACUGAAAGUUUCUGGCAACAUUGUACAUCCCCAGUUACCACACUUUGAUUUCGAACGGACACGGUCUUCUGGAAUGACAGUGAAAAAUCUCCAGGCUUUUCAGGUGUUGCAGUCCAUUUUCCAGAAAAGUAAUGAUCAGCACCUGUGUAGAAGAAUCUUGGCAGCAAUUGGUACCAUAUGGGCCUGGGACACAGUAAACUUCUUUCUUCUAGAAUGGACACUACAACCGAUCAACCAGUUCACUGACAUAAUCCAUUUAAAACCACACCCAAUCCAAGUCCAGUUCUUCAGAUUGGUGGAGUCCAUAGUGCUAGACCUGUCCUAUGUACCCCAUGAAAUUUUGAAGAAGAUUCAGUAUUUGAUAAAGGAAAACAUAGUGCCAUUCUGCACCUUAACAGCUCUCCAGUGCCUUCUCAGCAUGACCAAGAAGGACCUGUUAUUCAGCGACAUAUUCCGUGACUCUGGGCUCUUAGGCCUACUGCUGGCACUUUUGAGGAAACAAGCCAAGAUCCUGAGGAAGUCAGGUACAAUUUAAUCUGGAACCCAUCUGCCUGGUGUGGAAGAAGGCACUGAGAAGGAAUUAAAUGCUGUGAUGCUGAAGAUGGUGGCUGCCCUUACAGUGGGGUCUGUGAGGAACACUGUUGUUCUGAAGGACUACGGAAUGGUGCCAUAUAUCAAGAUAUUUUUGGAUGAUGAGUGCUACAGGAGUGCUACUCUCAGCAUCUUGGAGCAGCUAUCAGUUAUCAACUAUGAAGAAUAUAUGAGCAUUAUUAUUGGGGCCCUCUGUUCUUCUACUCAAGGGGAACUGCAUCUGAAACUAGAUCUGCUAAAGGUAGUUAAUUCACUCCUGAGGGUACUGGAGAGUCCCAAGAGCCAUUCAGCUUUCAGAACCUGCAGUGGAUUCAAUGGACUCCUGUCCCUUCUCUCAGACAUGGAAGGUGCAUUGCAGGACCCUCCGUCUGGGCUGUGGGCAGCAGUUGGACAGAACUGCAUAUUGGAGCUUGUUUUCUACACGCUUCAGGGGAUAACAGCAGCCCUGCACCUGGACCCUGUCAACAGCAACUUCUUCCAGAGGAGUGGUCUCUUUGAAAAGAUGGCAGAGGACCUUGGGACACUUGGAUGCUUCUGGACAAAAGGGGAAUGGCAAAUCCCUCUGAGCCUUGAGAAGACAAGGACUUUUGCAGAAUUCUUGGAUGUGGCUUUAUGCUCUUCAGAACCUUUCCCAAUGUGGCUAAAGAACUGCAUAAAGAUUCUGAAUUUUCUUGAUCACAUGAUCAAAGGAACCCUCCAUUUGGAGAGCUACCGCAAGGAGAGAAAGCCAGAGAUGGGAGAGGCAUUAAGAGAUGAUCAGGAGGGACUCCAGGCUCAAGAAGAGCACCCUGUUGCUUUCAACAGACCAAGCAACAAAUUACCUGCGUCUGCCUAUAGGCUAUGGGGAGACCCUGAACAGAAGUGGGAAGUGGGAGACUGUGCCAUUGUACAUCCAGGUGCUGUCUGUGUUAUGGUGAGGUUGCUGCCAAAGCUGUACAAAGAGGGGCACUCUCAGCUUUCACAGGAAAUCCAAUGUGCUGUGGUUGAUCAUAUCCAGACCCUGGUGAAGUCAGAGAAGAGUCGCCAGGUGAUGUGUGGAUCUGGCUUGCUAAGCACCAUCAUAACUUCCUGUCAGGAUGCCUUCCGCAAUGAGAGCCAUCCACUGCAUCUGCCCCUCACUAGAGUGUUUGAGAAGCUUGCAUCACAGGCUAUUGAGCCAGAUGUGUUAAG